GCAAAUGAAAGUCACAAAGCUUCUUUCCCUCCAAACUCAUGUAGUAUCCUCGACCGCCUUGAGUUGUAACAGGGGGACAACUGUUUGGUUUUGGCCCUCUGACGUCAUAUCCAUUCCCACAAUGCCAUAGUAACACGACUGCGCACUCGCGCUCGUGGACGCGCACCAGCAGACAGCCCAUCACACACAGAGCGAACAUGGCGGGCGCCUCCGACCCUCUGGAAGACAUGCUCUUCUCCGAGGUGGACGAGAAAGCCGUGAGCGAUCUAGUGGGCUCGCUGGAGUCUCAGCUGGUGGGCCAGAGCGACCCGCCCGCCGCGCAGCCCGAGAACGCUCGCCCGGGCAGCGCGAAGCAGCAGCAGCAGCAGCAGGCAGGAGGAAGAGCGCAGCUGCCUGCUCAUGUAGACUCUCCAUCAGAACCACAACAACAAGCACAGCAGCAGCAGAACGCGCGGAAAGCGGCGCGCAACCCGGAUUCCGACCCGAAAGACGCCAGCAUGGAUAAGCACGCCAAAGCCCUGGAGAAGGAGAGCCCUCUGAAGUCACAUGGCAGCAUCAUCAUCAUCACCACGGCUGCAGCAUCCGACGGGGCAUCCGCUCCUGCACCGGGCAACAAAGGUGAGAGCCCGAGGGACACCCGCAAGAAACACCCGGCUAACGCGCGCGCGCGGCGCUCCUCAGCGUCCCACAGUCUCAACGGCAACGGAGGAGGCGCAACAUCAGCAUCAGCAUCACCCAGCACCUCCAGCCCGAGCAGCACGACUUUCACCGUGCCCAGUAACCCGCAGGCGAUCGCCCUGGACCGCGGGACGCCUACCAUCGCGCUCCACCGGCUCCCGCGUCACAUCAUCGCCAGCAUCGCGCAGAAUGGAAACGGCACGUCCGUGUCCGCGCUGGUCCAGCAGGGCGCGCGUAUCGGAGCUGCGGGCGCGCAGGUUAACCACAGCAAAGCACCCGGGAACAACACGAAACCCCCGCCGACCUCCUCGCCUCCCGCUGCGGCCACAGCAGCGCCUGUCAAACCCGCUGUCAGUGUCAGUGCGGCUCCGGUCAUCAGACCUGCGCAGACGCAGCCGCAGCCGCCUGCGCAACAGAGGGUCGUAACGCCGCAGCUGAUUGUCAGACCACCGCAACAACAAACUACUAUACAGCUGCCGCCCGGAUUCACCAUCCCUCCAGGUAUGGUGCUGGUCCGGACAGAGAUGGGUCAGCUGGUGAUGGUUCCUCAGCAGGCUCUGGCUCAGGCUCAGGCCCAGAACAGCAUCUCACCGCGACCCUCCACGCCCACCAGCGUGGCCACCUUCAGGGUCACGACCCCGCAGUCUCCUGUUAGCACUCCGGCGAUUCGUCCCGCUCCUGCGGCUCAAACUAAACUGGUCCAGUCCAGUUCACCGAGUGUCGCGGCCCAGACCAGCACUGCAACCGGCCCCGCUAAGGCCCCUGUGGCAGCCGCCGUGGCAGUGACAGCUCCCCAGCAGGUCCAGCCGGCCUUGGGCCCCCAGGGGCCCCUCACUCAGAUGCCACUGGCCCCGCAGAGCGCAGCCGCCCCGGCCCCCGGAGCUCCGGUUGUCUCCCAGGAGAUGCAGGAGAACGUGAAGAAGUGCAAGAACUUUUUGGCGACGCUGAUCAAGCUGGCGUCCCAUAAUUCCCCUUCCCCAGAGACGUCUCGAAACGUGAAGGCGCUGGUGCAAGAUUUACUGGAUGCAAAGAUCGAUCCGGAGGAGUUCACCAGCCGGCUACAGUCCGAGCUGAAGUCGUCUCCGCAGCCUUACCUGGUCCCUUUCCUGAAGAAAAGUCUCCCUGCGCUGCGUCUGUCUCUCCUGAACAGCCAGCAGUCUCUCACUCAACCUCUACAGCCCAACAAAACCAGCGUGACGCCGGUCCAGACGGGUGUCAGUGUGCGUCCACACCAGCCCAACAGCACCGCUGUACUGCCGCAAGGUAUCAAGAGGGCGGCGGGUCCUGGAGGUCAGAUACGGAUGCCCGUGGUCAUCACGCAGACGGUGCGAGCGACAGGUACUUUAGGGAAGCCUGUAGCUUUCCAGACGGGCAAAAGCCCUGCGGGCGUCUCCAUACAGCUCUCAGGAAACCAGAAAAACAAGCUGAAUGACCCGGGGGGAGGCUCGUUCAGAGAUGAUGAUGAUAUCAACGAUGUGGCGUCUAUGGCCGGCGUGAACCUCAACGAAGAGAGCGCUCGUAUUCUAGCAACCAACUCUGAUCUGGUGGGGACGCAGAUCCGCUCCUGUAAAGACGAGGCCUUCCUGCCCACAGGUCUGUUACACCGGCGGAUACUGGAAACAGCUAAGAAGUUUGGAGUGACGGACGUACCGCUGGAGGCUGUGAACUUCAUUUCUCACGCCACCCAGUCCAGAUUAAGGACGGUGCUGGAGAAAGUUUCCUCCAUCGCCCAGCACAGAAUGGACUCGUGUAAGGAAGACGAGUGGUACGAGCAGUCGUCUGACGCGCGCUCGCAGCUCAAGUUUUUUGAGCAGUUGGAACGGAUGGAAAAGCAGAGGAAAGACGAGCGAGAGCGAGAGAUUCUCCUCCGAGCGGCGAAGAGUCGCUCGCGGCAAGAAGAUCCAGAACAAGCCCGUCUGAAGCAGAAAGCAAAGGAGAUGCAGCAGCAGGAACUCGCCCAAAUGAGACAACGAGACGCCAAUCUGACGGCACUCGCCGCCAUCGGCCCUCGGAAAAAACGCAAGGUGGACUCACCGGGAGCUACGACCACAGGCGUCGAGGUGUCGGGGAGUUCGGCGGAUUCUCCGGCCGGAUCGUCGGCCUCCUCCAGCUCGUCACGGCAGUAUUCCCGCCAGAGAAUAACACGUGUCAAUCUCAGGGACUUCAUCUUCUACAUGGAGCAGGAGAGAGAGACGAGCAGAUCUCUCUUACUGUACCGCGCUCUCCUGAAGUAGUGAACACUAAGCGAACGCUAAGCGAACUCUUCACACUACAGAGGAAUCAGCAGCCAAACGACCCGAGCAGACGUUCACUUCCUUCUCAGCCCUGCGACGUGCCUUCAGCCCCAUUCAGUAUCUGUGACCUUGUGAUGUCAGCGUUGCUUUUGAUAGAAAAAGGUUUGGGAAAAAAAAGAGAAAAAAACGAAGAUGUACUUCACGUUUCCUGUUUUCUCCUCAACGUUAUUAGGUAAAUUGUAUUUAUGAUAGUGAAUUUUAAGGCUUGUGUCUCCGGCUUUGAGCCGAGGAGCGUUUGUUUGUUUGUUUGUUUGUUUGUUUGUUUGUUUGUUUGUUUGUUUUUGUGUAUGAAUGAAUCUGACACUGCAAAUAUCACUUUCUUCAUCAGCAUUUUUACUGCGUUUUACAGUAAAAAAAAAUUCUAAAAACAAGUUUAGGUGAAACAUGUUUUGAAUUAUACUCUAUUUUUACUUUAUAGUGACGCAUAUCCAAGUUAAACAGAGACCAAAUGUAGGGCGGGGCUUGAUUUUGUCUGUGGGGAAUUGAUUGGAUGGUUGUGGUUUGCUAUUGGUGGAUCUCAUGUGAGUGACAGGUUGCCCCGCCUUCAUCAUCAGAGAAGAGAAAAGAUGCU